CGAUUUCCGAUACACGACGAAGCUGACGUGUAAAGAUGGCGUCUACCGGCAACUAUUUCAUGUUUGCUGCACACAUUUUUGCAGUUUUCGUUGGAACAUGCAUGUGUCAGGAGAUGUGCCAGUCUUUAUUUGGUGGCCAAGUGUAUCCUCAAGAGACAUGUGGGGUGCAAUCCGGCCAGCGAAUCCUCGGCCACUCGUUGCACAUGAGUCAAGCGAUAAUUUCGAAGCCUGCCCCUGAUUGGAAUGGAACUGCUGUUGUGGAUGGAAAAUUUAAAGACAUAAAACUUGCUGAUUAUAAAGGCAAAUACCUGGUCCUGCUGUUCUAUCCAUUGGACUUCACGUUCAUCUGCCCAACAGAGGUGAUUGCCUUCAACGAAAGGCUGGAAGAGUUCAUGAAGAUCAACACUGAGGUUGUCGCGUGCUCAGUGGAUUCGCCCCAUACCCACUUGGCAUGGAUCAACACUCCACGAAAGAGUGGUGGGCUGGGAGCCAUGAAGUACCCUCUGCUGUCAGACAUCACUCAUAGAAUCUCCAAGGCUUAUGGGGUGUACCUGGAGGAACUUGGGCAUACACUCAGAGGCCUGUUCAUCAUAGACGGGAAGGGCAUCCUGCGUCAGAUCACCAUGAACGACCUGCCUGUGGGGCGCUCUGUAGAUGAGACGCUGAGACUCGUGCAGGCGUUCCAGUUCACGGACACGCAUGGGGAGGUCUGUCCGGCCAACUGGAAACCUGGCGCAGACACUAUUGUUCCGGACCAGAAUGAAAAGCUGAAAUACUUCGAGAAACACCCAUAAACAGUUUAUACUCUUGACUGUUAAAUUGCAUUUGAGUCAUUUUCAAUACAUUUCCAUUUUGGGGUAAUAAUUGAAUUGGAAUCUAUUUCCAUUGUCAAAUAUUAUUGUUGAAUAGGUCUCAUGCCUAACCUAUGCAAAAACUGUAGUUUUCGAUAAUAGUAUUUAGUUCAGGUUAUUUUAUCUAUAAAUGUACCAUAUGUGUUGGGGUUUUUUAAAUCAUGUUUUAUGAUUGUGUAAGUUUUUGAAUGUGUGUUAGUGAUUUUCGGUUGGCAGGUGUUGGUUUUUUUACUCACCUUUUUUCAAAAGAUUUUAAGAAAUCCACAUAGUAUUUAGCAGAAGGAAUAGAUAAUUUCAGCUAAUUUGCUGCUUCACGUGUUACUAUUUUGUGUGUUUAUUCUUAAUUGUUAAUAGCAGUAAACUUUAUUGAAAACUAACCAUUUAAUCUAGCUUCUAAAUGUGAAUAGUAGCAAUAUCAUGACAUCAAUUGUGAAUGAUUUGUAUGAUGUUAACUGUGCUACGAUUUUGACAGAUAUUGUUUACACCACGCUUUUAUUUUGUGUUUAAAAAUAAAAGUGAAUCUCUUU